AUGUUCGCGGCCAACAGAAUCAGCGGAGCCAUCGCUCGCAGCAGCAAGCCCCAGACGACCCGUCUGAUGUCCACUAUCCGGGCUCCCGCACGCAUUCAGAGCUCAAUCAUCAGCAGCACCCGCCAGCCCGUCGCCAAGAACGGCCUGUUGAUGAACAGUGCCCGCGGUAACAUCAACUCGGUUAUCGCACGCAAUGCCAUGCAAUCGCGCGGUGUCGUCGCCGAGACUGCCGCUGCUGCCAUGAUUGCCGCAGCUAAGGCUCAAGGUGCCGGUCUUGCCACCAUUGGUCUGGCCGGUGCUGGUGUCGGUAUCGGAACAGUUUUCGGUGCCCUCAUCCAAGGUGUCGCUCGCAACCCAGCUCUGCGUGGUCAGCUUUUCAGCUACGCCAUUCUGGGUUUCGCUUUCUCGGAAGCCACUGGUCUUUUCGCCCUCAUGGUUUCUUUCCUGCUCAUCAACAACAUGCAACAAACCAGCGGCUGGCUCAAACUUGAUCCAGAAUUGCCCAUCAACAAUUAUUCCUACGGCCAAGAGAUACUCGAGACCUUCGAGAGGUGGCUCCCCCUCCCAGGUGACUCCGAGAACCGAGCACAGAGGCUGGCGGACGAGCUUCGGCGCACCUGCGCUGAGGCGCCGGAAGGCACCGACCAGAGGGGCAAUGACAUCAAUGGCAGGGAACUGAUCGCCACCAUCUACGACCUUAUCCACUGGAUCGUCGAGGACAUCCCUCACAACGAUGAGAAGCAAGAAGUCUUGGCCACUACACUGGCCAUCUUGUACCGGACGAAUGACUAUGUCCGGCAGGGGGAGGAGGACCCUUGCAAGUGGGAGGGGCUUCCGGACUUUUCCAUCUCAGUAAGGGAGUGGUACGAGGAUGACGAUAUCACCGAGUGCAGAGCCAGCGGAGGCGGAUACCCAGACGAGGAGGAGCUCGCGCAAUGGCGCAACUGGACCGCAUUCCUCGCCCGGCUUGCCGUCAGGGACGUGUCGGGUCUUUGCUAUGGCAUAUGGAUCAUCAGGAACGCCCUAGAGGGAGGCGUCAAGUCGGAGAACCAGACGGCCCCCGUCGUCAAGGGCGAUUCCCUGCUUACUCGGCUCUGCGGCGUCCGAGACUGGCUUGACAUUGCGGGACCGAGCAUCUUGCGCUUCUUGCUUGCCAACGCGGCGAAUGGGAGUGCUAUGGACAACGGGGUGGUGCGCGCCUACGAGCCCGGGAGGCUCUGCGGCGACGAUGUGCCCACGUUUGGCGUACAGAGAUGGAACUUUUGGAAGCAAAGGCUCCGGGAGAUCUCGGGCCCCCAGCUUGGCGAGUUGGAGCUGUCUGCCGAACAUGUUGUUCCGCUGUGUAACGAGACGUUCUCAAUCAUGGAGAGGAUUGAACGGGCGACUGGACUUGCUCGAGGAGACUAG